AUGUUUAUUGUACUGUGGAUGUUCCUAGCUGGAACAUUUAUGUGUUGUAGUGGCCUCGGAAAGGAGGCUUCUUUGUCACUUGGCCCCAGAUCUGUGGAAGAUCGGGGAUAUGGAUUUAUAUCGAUGAAAAGAGGACUGAAACGUUCGCGGAAUAGGAGGAAGACUAGGAAGACGAUACUUCAGCUGAUUGAUCUGAUAAAGGAGUUGCAAGACUCGGGACUUGGAAGACAAUCUAAGGAAGACGUAAAACGGAAGGCUGAGCGUCAACCUGCGCAAGGAGUGCGGGAAGAACGUGGCCAACGGAGGGCAGCUAAAGAACCUACUACCAGCAUGCCCAAAGGACACGAUAAACGAUUGGCACCAAAACCACAUGCUACCAAGAAGACUAAAGGACAUGAUGAACGAUGGGCACCAAAACCACCUGCUACCAAGAAGCCCAAAGACCACGAUAAACAGAGGGCAGAAGUAUCCUUCAAGGAAAAGCCCCAAAAAGGUGGUCAAAGGAAAGGCGACAAAAUACCUGUUAGGCCUAAGAAAUGGAAGAAUAUAGAGGAAGAGAGAGACGGACUAGUGAUUGCAUUAUUAGUCCAGAUGGAGGAUGUCCCCUUAGUCUCGAAAAAUGUCGCAUUUAUAAACCACUUGGAUAAACAUAUUUUUGAUCUUGAAGCGGCCACGAAGGACGAUUUGGGAAAGGUGAUCCUAAAAGUCCAGCAAUGCCGCUGUCAAGACCCAAAAUGGAAGAAGAAAGAAAAGGAUGAGACGCCAAAGCCUCGCAUCGGCCAGCGGAAACUGAAAAAGCUGCUGGCAGAAAAGAGGCGAUUAAUAGAUGAACUUCAUUUACAAGUAGAAAACCUUGAUCCAGUCGACGAAAACGUCCCUAUAAUAUAUCACUUGGAUGGUCACAUAUUGGACCUCCAGCUGGCUGGAGAAGGCACGAUGGGCGCGGUCAUAGCAGAGACCAAAAACUGCCAGUGUCAAGCCUAUCCAGAGGACAACGACGAAGAAAUAUGCUAUUGGAAAUGGAAGAAGCUGAUAGCCGAAAGGGACGACUUAGUCUAUGAGCUAAUGGUCCAGGUCGAAAAAAAGGAUCCAACCUCGGCAAAUCUCGAGGUGAUAGAUCACCUAGAAAACCACAUCUGGGAACUCGACUUGGCUUCAACAGAUGAACUCAAAAUGGUGAUCAGAAAUAUAAUGAAAUGCUCCUGUCAAGCUGCACUGCCUAAGGACUAUAGGAAAGAUCGGAAGAAGAAGAAGCCGCGCUUUUGGCAGAAGCGUUGGAAGAAACUUCUAACAGAAAGGAAUAAAUUGGUAGAGAAUUUGUCGGCACAAAUAAAAGAAAUUGCUGACAACUACAAAGAAUAUUCCUCGAUAACAGUACACUUGCAGAGACACCUGUGGCUCCUCCAAAGAGCAAAAGGAGGAGACAUUGAGUUCCUUAUAGAAAAAAUACUAAAUUGUUGGUGUCAGACUUCAUGGCAGAAUGAAGAUUAUGAAGAUUAUGAAGAUUACGAAGAUGCACCAGAAGAUGCACCAGACGACAUUGAAGAAUAUUCGUCUCCUUAUGAAAAGUCGUCCUUUAUUACGGGAUUGAGACAGCAGAGAGGAGAGUUCCAAGGUCGGGAGACUCGCAGGAGAGGUGAUAUCCUCACCAGCCUCGAUGAAGCUGAAUCCUCUCUCGCCAACAUCGUCGGGCAGCAAAUCCUACAGCAAAUGAAAGAGGGGAAGAACGCAUUCAUUGAAAAGCUGAAAGAGUACGAUGAAGAGAGAGAGCUUUUAAAGAAUGAGAGAGGUGCUCUUGAUGCUGAAAUGGAACUCCUCAACCAGGGAAAAGCAGAGCUGGACAUUGAACGACGACAAUUCCAUGAAGAGAAGGUCGCCUUUGAAAUGGAACUCAUUCAAAGGGGGGCCUUGGAUUUGGAUAGGGAUGUCCUCCAGAGAGAGAGGGAGGCAUUCAGUGUGGAAUUAGUUGACAUGAGAGAAGAACUAAGAAGGGAAAAAGAGAACCUCGCCAAGACUCAAGCGAGGUUCGAUAAGGAUGCAGAGGACUUGAAAUUAGAGAGGGAAGCCCUUCAAAGUGAAUUGAGGCUCUUCUGUACCCAAGUCUUUAAAAUGAAAGAAGAACUGAGAGAGGAGAAAGAAGCCCUCAUCAUGGCGCAAAAGAAGCUCGAGAUGGACAUUGCUGCCUUCACCAAGGAGAGGGAAGAAUUCGAAAGAGAUGUUAAAAGACAAGGCAUAAAAGACAGGGAAGAAGAACAGAAAGAGGAUUCAAGACUUCAGGAAAAGUUUAGGAAUAUAAACAACAGAUCAGUCGGCACUCAGACAAAGAGACCGGGGACAAACAGCAUGCAGGAUAUGAGAGAGGAAUUAAGGAAAUUUCCAGAAGACAAACUCGAGGAGAGGGAAUCUCGACAAGAAAAAUACACAAACGAAAAAUAUUCCAAAACGAAUAAAAAUGGGGAAGAACUGAAUGCAGAUACAGAGGAGAAUUCUGAAAAUGGUUCGACAGAUAGAAGGAAGUGGAAUCGUUGUACAAAGUCGAACGCAGAUAGAAAGAAGAACGAUCUGGAGACAACAAUAAAAGAUGAUCGGAGGCUGAAGAUAAGCUCUGAGUAUGAGAGGCUACAGCUGUUCGGAGGCUGGAGACGAGCUCUCAGGAUAAGAGCAAAUAGAUGUUUGAAGGCUGGAGGACGAGCUCUCAGGAUGAGAGCAAACAGCUGUUCGGAGGAAGGAGGACCAGCUCUCGGGAUGAGAGCCAACAGCAGUUUGGAGGCUGGAGGACACGCUCUUAGAAUAAGAGCCAACAGCUGUUGCAGAAUGAAGAAUAGUUUCUUCUAG